UCAGAGCAGAAAAGAGACGCUCAGCUCCAGAACAAACGGUACACUUGACGAAGGCGCAAAGAGGGAACGGUGACGGCGGGAUGCAAAGGUGCAUUGCCUCAACAAGGAGGAGGAUACCUCCUCUCUUCUCUCAAUGCAGGCGCCUCUCUUCUCCUCCCAAUCAAGCCAAGGAUGGAAAUCUCGAUGACCAAGUCUUGGUUGAGGGAAGAUCUUAUUCUCGGACAGCAGUUCUCAAUAGGCCUUCGUCUCUCAACGCCCUAACUACUAACAUGGGUGUUAGGCUCAAAAAGCUGUACGAGGCCUGGGAAGACAACCCUGAUAUUGGUUUCGUUGUGAUGAAGGGCAAUGGGAGGGCAUUUUCUGCUGGUGGAGAUAUUGUCAGCCUUUAUCGAUUAGUGGGUGAAGGAAAAUUUGAUGCCUGUAAGGAGUUCUUUGAUAAGUUAUAUAGUUUCAUCUACCUGCUGGGAACGUACAUGAAGCCACAUGUGGCUCUAUUAGAUGGAAUUACCAUGGGAGGUGGUGCAGGAAUUUCUCUCCCUGGAAUGUUUCGAGUGGCGACAGACAAAACGGUGUUUGCCACCCCAGAAACCCAAAUUGGAUUUCACCCUGAUGCUGGUGCUUCAUUCUACCUUUCACACCUGCCUGGAUAUUUGGGGGAAUACUUGGCGUUAACUGGAGAUAAACUCAAUGGAGCAGAGAUGCUCGCCUGUGGCCUUGUUACCCAUUACUCCCUUAGUGCAAGGCUUAAUUGGAUUGAAGAUCGUCUAGGUAAACUAAUAACUGAUGACCCUUCAGUUAUUGAGACAACUUUGCAACACUAUGGUGACAUUGUUUAUCCAGAAAAGAGAAGCAUUAUCCACAGGAUCGAGAUGGUUGACAAAAUCUUUAGCAAUGAUACUGUUGAAGAGAUUAUAGAUGCUUUGGAAAAUGAGAUUGCUGUGUCCUCGGAUAGUUGGUGCUUUUCAACUCUUAAGAAGUUAAAGGAGGCUUCUCCCUUGAGUUUGAAGGUUUCCUUAAGAUCUAUACGUGAAGGCAGAUACCAAUCUCUUGAUGAAUGCCUAAAACGUGAAUACAGGAUGUCUCUUAAUGGGAUGUCUAAAAGGAUCUCCAGUGACUUUUUUGAGGGUGUUCGAGCUCGACUAGUUGAUAAGGACUAUGCACCCAAGUGGGAUCCUCCUUCCUUGGAUAGAGUGUCCAAGGAUAUGGUGGAUCAGUACUUUGCACCACUUGGGGAAUGCGAACCAGAGCUCCAACUUCCAACUAUGCAGCGUGAAGCCUUUGUGUGAUCCUAAUUGGAACUCAUGUGGUGUUCAGUGUUGCAGUCUUGUAUGCUUUACGGUCACAAACCUGACUGUGGAAGAAGCUGGAGAAGAUGCACCUUUACUUUUGGGAAGUAUUCCUGCUUAGUACUACAGAAGUGAUUAUCAUCGGCGGUCCAUCAGUUUUGUGCCCUUUUAUGGGAUGUGCCUCCCCGUUUAUGUGGAUUGCACAUAUUCUUUCUCAGGCCGCAAUUCCAGAAUUUGCUGAGAAGGAUCAAAGAGGUUGAAAGAUUUUGAAAAUGAAGUGCUUAAUACGGUGAAUCUUGUAUCCAAUUGCAAGUGAUCAUGGAGAAAAUAUUUUAGAAUGGCCUCCUUGUACUUUUUUAAUGCGUCCAAGCAGUUUAUAAUUGCACAUUGGGCUCACUGCAUAUUUAAGUAUGAAACUUAGGACA